AAAGGAGCCACACAGAACACGAAUUACUUCUCGGAUUCACUCGUGAGACGAACCUCUCUUUAGAACAUGGCACUCCAGUCUGUCACAGAAAGCUUUGCCAGAGUGAUUCAUGGCUUGAAAGUGGGACACCUGACAGAUCACGUUAUUCAGAGGAGCAAGCGGAUGAUUCUGGAUACUCUGGGCGUCGGCUUCCUGGGAACCCGUACAGAAGUGUUUCACAAAGCCAGCGAAUAUAGUAAAAUCUACAGUUCCAAUAUAUCCAGUACCGUUUGGGGCCGGCCAGAACUCAGGCUCCCGCCGACAUAUGCUACUUUUGUCAACGGUGUGGCUAUUCACUCAAUGGAUUUUGAUGACACCUGGCACCCUGCCACCCACCCUUCUGGAGCUGUCCUUCCUGUCCUCAUGGCUUUAGCAGAAGCCCUGCCUCCAAGUCCAAAGUUUUCUGGCCUUGACCUGCUGCUGGCUUUCAAUGUUGGGAUUGAAGUGCAAGGCCGAUUAAUGCGUUUCUCCAAGGAAGCCAGUGAUAUACCAAAGAGAUUCCAUCCCCCCUCAGUGGUAGGAACUUUGGGAAGUGCUGCUGCUGCAUCCAAGUUUUUAGGGCUCAGCAUGACAAAGUGCCAAGAGGCCCUGGCUAUCGCUGUUUCUCAUGCCGGGGCACCCAUGGCAAAUGCCGCCACUCAGACCAAGCCCCUUCAUAUCGGCAAUGCCGCCAGGCACGGGAUUGAAGCCGCUUUUCUGGCAAUGAUGGGUCUCCAAGGAAACAAGAAAGUCUUGGAUCUAGAGACAGGGUUUGGGGCCUUCUAUGCCCACUAUUCUCCCAAAGUUCUUCCAAACCUGGAUUCCCACACUUGGCUGCUGGACCAGCAGGAUGUGGCCUUCAAGAGUUUCCCCGCGCAUCUGGGCACCCACUGGGUAGCAGAUGCCGCUGCAUCUGUUAGAAAGCACCUUGUAACAGACAGAGCCCUGCUUCCCGUUGACCACAUUGAGAGAAUCGUGCUCAGAAUUCCAGACGUCCAGUAUGUAAAUCGGCCCUUCCCAGACUCAGAGCAUGAAGCCCGUCACUCCUUCCAGUAUGUGGCCUGUGCCACACUGCUUGAUGGUGGCGUCACUGUCCCAUCAUUCCACAAACACCAGAUCCACAGGCCACAGGUGAGAGAGUUGCUGGGUAAGGUGGAGCUGGAGCACCCUCGGGACAACCUGCCAAGCUUCAACACACUGUACUGUGAGAUAAGUGUCACUCUUGAUGAUGGAACCACCUUCACAGAGCGCUCUGAUACCUUCUAUGGCCAUUGGAGGAAGCCACUGAGUCGGGAGGACCUGCAGGAGAAGUUCAGAGCCAAUGUCUCCGGGGUGAUGUCCUGCGACACAGUAGAAAGAGUCAUAGAGGGAGUAGAAAGCCUGGAAGACCUAGAAGACUGUUCUGUGUUGACCACACUUCUGAAAGGACCUUAUCCACCAAAGAUGAUUUCAAAAUCUAUCUAGCAUUUAACAGUGCCGUCAUACAAUCUCUCCAGAGGCUUAUCAACAGCUAAAUGACUUUCCAUUUGGGGAAAUUCAUUGAUUUGCUUUAUAAAGCCAGGGUCUGCUCUUGGUCUGCCCAGGAAUAAAUGAAGCAACGUGGAGAGAGUCAAGAAACAAAACUGGAUUUUUAUGGAAGGAGUUUUGUCCUGUAAAUUUUGCAAGACAGUUCCAAUUACUCAAAGUGAAAUAAUAAAUAUGCAAGAAACACAAGGAAAUUGAUUUUAUAAGCAUUCAUAAGACUGAAAUUUAAGUCACCAGUGAUUUGCUUGUAAAAGUAAUCUUUUCAGAGGAGUUAUUUACAAACUUCACCAACCUCAAGGUGUGAGAGAAAUUUGAACCUACAUGUAUACAUGCUGACAGUGGAGAAGAGCUCUGGUCUGUUGUGCCAUCAACAGAUUUCUUAGACCAUGGAUUAUCAGAAGCCCUCCUCAGUGGAGGGGAUGCUAUUGGGUUUAAAUACAAGAGCUUAGUGGGUUCAAGGCCUGCCUCUGCUACUUACUUGAUGUGACUCUGGGCAUGUUACUGGGUAUCGCUCUGCCUCAGUUUCUCUAUUUGUAAAGCAGAAAUAAAAAAUAAAGCAGUGUGGCUCUGGAAGCCAUGCUGUUAACCACUACAAUAUAUCACCUUUCAUUACAAAGAAAAUUUUUGAGAAAAAGAUUAUGGAUGAAGAGUCUAAGGUGUCAUAAAGAAUGACAGCAAAAAUAAAAGUAUAU